CGCGCCGCGCGCCACGCCGCGCUCGCCGCGCUGGCGCCGCUCGUGGCGCGCCGGCCCGCCUGGCUGCACCGCCUGCCCGCGCACCCGCUCGCCCGCGACCUGCUGCGGGCCGCGCGCGCCGAGCGCGAGCCGCUGCCGCUGCUGCACGCGCUGCUGGCGCUGGCCGCGCUGCUGCCCGCCGCGCCCGCGCUGGCCGCGCCGCACUGCGCCGAGCUGGCCGACGCGCUGCUGCGGCCCGCCGCGCUCGACCCGCCGCCGCCGCCGCCCACGCGCGCGCACCUGCAGCUGGCGCAGCUGGCGCUGUUCCACGCGCUGUACGCCACGCACCCCUGCACGCUGCUGGACGCGCUGCGCGCCGACCUGGCCGCGGCCGGCGCGCGCGACGCCUGGGAGCGCCACGUGGCGCCGCUGCUGGCCUCCGUGCGCCUGCACCCGGCGCUGGUGACGGGCUCGCGCCAGCGCGAGGCGGACGCGGCCCGCUGGGCGCGCGUGGAGCCGCACGACGUGCUGGCCGAGUGCCGGCGCCUGGCGCUGCACGCGGGCACGCCGCCCGUGCUGCCGCGCGCCGCCGCCUCGCCCGCGCCGCCCGCCGCCUCGCCCGCGCCCGGCUCCGGCGCGCACGCCGCCCGCGCCGCCUCCGCGCUGCGGCCCGGCGCCGAGCCCUGGUUCCCGCUGGGCGAGCGCUGCGGCGCGGACUCGGCGCCGCACACGCCGCUGCCGGCCGACGCCGACGCCGCCGAGCCGCCGGAGGCCGCCGUGGAGGCGACGCCGGAGAACACGCCGGCGCGCGAGACGCGCGCGCAGUUCCGCUUCCCGACGGACUCGGGCGCGGCGCGCGCCAUCGGGCGGCGCAAGGAGACGUCGCCGGGCGGGGAGGCGUACGCGGCGCGGCUGGCGCGCGUGGCGCUGGAGCGGCGCGCGGCCGACUCGCCGGUGCCCUUCGGGGGCGCGCCGCCCGCCGGCGCCAGCCUGGCGCGGCCCGAGCCCCGGCCGGCCGGCGCGGCGCCCCCGGAGCCGCUGGGCGCGGAGGACCGCGAGGUGCUGGAGCUGACGGGCGGGCGCGCGGCGCCGCAGGGCGAGUGGGCGGAGUGCACCACGCCGGCGCCGCCCACGCGGGACCCGCGCGCGCGCUCGCCGACGCGGGCCCGGGCCCGGGGCGCGGGCGGGGCCCCGGCGCGGCGCGCGGCGUCGUGCGGCCCGCGGCUGGGCGGCGCGCGCACGUGCUCGACGGCCGCGCAGACCGUGGACGUGUGGCCGGCGCCCUACGAAUUCAUCGUUUCGGAUUUCUAUCGGUGCCCGCCGGAGGAUCCGCAUAAACAGAUAAUCAGCGGGUCGGCGAGCGCGCGGCUGGACGCGUACCUGGCGGAGCUGUACGCGGGGCGGCGCGGGGCGGCGGGCGGGGCGGGCGGGGGCGCGGCCGAGCUGGGCGAGCAGCUGGCGCUGGCGCACGCGCAGCUGCUGUACGAGCGCUGGCGGCGCGAGGCGCACGCGGAGCGCAACCGCCGCCUGCUGGGCCGCUGCCGCCAGGCGCGCGCGCUCGAGCUGCAGAACCAGGCGCUCCGAGAACGAGCACGGGCCGUUCAACGAGAACGCGACGAACUACGAGCGCGACUCGCGAGGGACCCUCCCGCCGCCCCGCUCGCGGCCGCCGCCGCCGCCGCCGCCGAGCGCGAGGCGCGCCUCGAGGCCGCGCUGGCCGAGGAGCGCACGGCGCGCCUGCGGGCCGAGGCGGCGCUGCACGAGGCCGAGGCGCAGCGCGCGCGCGACGCCGCCGAGCUGCGCCGCUCGCGCGGGGAGUCGCACGAGGCCGCGCGCCACGUGGAGGCGCUCGCGCGCGCCGCGCUGGCCGCCGAGCGCCGCGCCGAGUGCGUGCGCCGCCUGCGCCGCGAGCUGCUGGUGCUGAGCGAGCGCGAGGCGCGGCUGGCGGGCGCGGCGCGCGCGGGCGUGCAGCGCGCCGGCUGCGGCGACGGCGGCGCGGAGGCGCGGUCGCUGCGGGCGGCGGCGGCGCGCGCGGAGGCGGAGGCGGGCGCGGCGGCGGCGCGCGCGGAGGCGGCGGCGGCGCGCGCGCACGAGCUGGAGGCGGCGCUGGCGGCGCGCGACGCGGCGGCGGCGGAGCUGAGGCGCGCGGCGCGGCACGCGGCGGAGGAGGGCGAGGCGCGGCUGCGGGCGGCGCGCGACAAGUACGCGGCGCUGCUGCGCGUGGUGCGCGCGGGCGAGGCGCGGCGGCUGGAGCGGCUGGCGGCGGCGGGCGGGGCGCGCGCGGGGCCCGGGGGGGCGGCGGCGCCGGCGGGGGGGGGCGGGAGGCAGCGGGGGCGCGGCGUCGUCCCCGCCGCAGCUGGCGGAGUGCAGCCGCGUGCGGCGCCUGCUGGAGCCCGAGGGGGAGGAGGCGGGGCGCGACUGAGCGCGGGCGGGCGCGGGGGGCGCGGGGCGCGAGCGCCUCUCGGGUGCGAUCGGGAGUUUCGACUCUGA